AUUAUAUUAGCAUGUCUUGUGCAUUAUCUUUAUAGGUUGCAAAGAUGACACGGGUCGUAUCAAGGUUGAAAUGUGGGGGUCAUGCGUCCAAAGGUCACAGCCAAGAAAUAAGAUCAAGGUCGUUUACACCAGGGUUCAAUAGUCGGCGGUGAAUCGCCAUAUUUCUCCAUGUCACGAGAACCAAAGUAAUAUUCUAAUGUAACAUUUUAACAGCAAAUGACUUCACAUGAACACAGUGGUGAAAAUACAGAUACAGUAAAGUUUCUCAGCUGUGAAAUUUGUGAUAAAACUUUUAACAGACGAGCUACAUUAAUACGACAUACCCAGACAGUUCAUGGACCAAUGAUAAACUGUGUCCAUCCACAAUGCAACUAUUCGGCCCCACAGAGCCGGACCAAUCAGCUUCAGCAACACAUGGCCAGAGUCCAUGAUCUGCAUUAUUACAAGAGUGGCUCUAUAGGUGUAUCUAGAGAAGAAGAAAUGUCCGACCCAAGAAUGAGUGAAGAGGAUAAAGAGAGAAUUUGUUUUACACUGCGAGAUUCAGUAUUGAGUCUGUGUAAAGAAAACUACAAUAGUACAAUAGAAGUGGAUGGACUUAUCUGUAUUUCUGUAUUAAAUUCAAAGGAACAACAUGUUGUUAAGAUUCAUGAUUUAUUAACUGAAAAAGGACAGCUAUUUACAAGUGUUAACACUUUAUCCAAUCCUAAAACGAGUACCAAACAACGUAGAGCAAGAGCAGACAUAAUCAGUAAUAAAACUGACAGUCAGGUUCAGCCCAUGUUAGUUGUUCCGAAUUCAGGGUCUCAAAGUAAUAGCCUGAGUGCCUCAAAACAACAGUCAUCAUCUUCAUCGUCUAGUAGUAGUAGAAAACAAGUUCCAUCUCGUGUAACACCUGAAAAUUCAGCAAGAUUUCCAUUCUUAGUACAAACUUUACAAGAAAAUCAUAGAAAUCAUUCUUCAAGUGCAAGCCCGACUUUAUCAUCAGUAAAUCCAAUUCCACAGCAUAAAGAGAGUUUGUAUGGGAACAUGGCUCCCAGUCCACCAGUUAUAGAUAGUGAAAGGCCUGCAUCUAGUCUUUUAAAAAUAUUGUCAUCUCAUAAACAAAAACAGGCACAACAGUCUGAACAAGAGAGUAUUGAACAGGUAGAACAAAGUAAUUUAAAUGACACUGGUGAGCUAAUGAUGUCAGUAAAAGAGGAACCAGUAGAUGAGGAAAUGACUGAUCAAAUAGCAACUAGUCAUGACAUGGGAGAUAACUUUGAAGAACAAGCAAAUGAGAAAUCCACUACUAUCAAUGUUAAGAAUGAGCCUGUAUGGAAUGAAGCAGAUUAUGGGGGAACUACCGGUACCUCUAAUACUGAUUUUGGAGGGUGUACUGAUAAAAAUAAAAAAGAGAGCAUGAAUGAAAUUAUGUCUAGUCAGAAUCAAGCAACUCAAAUAAGUUCCAAUUCUAUAUUAGCUAAGAUUUUAAAUGGAAAGGAAGAAACAUAUACAAAAAAUCGCAAAGCAGCAGUCACCUCUGCACCAAAGACAAAAACAGAACCCAAAACUCCUCAACAAACUACUGAAAAGAAUGAUGACCCAGAUAGUUCAUUACUUUAUCGUCUCCCUUUUGCGACAUUCCAGGACCUUUUUCCAAGUGGUCCAUCUGGAGAUAUGCAGAUGUCACAACACUCUGAUGUCAGCCAGUCGUCUUCUGAAGGCAGAAGUCAAUCAAAACAAUCAAAAUCAUCAGGAGUUCAAUUUGACACUAUAGUGAGGAAAAUGUUAGAGGAAAAAUCAUCUGCUGUAGGGAAAAGACAACCACCAAGAAAAAAGAAAAAGACUGUAGUUUAUGAUGAGUCAGCAGAUUUCAGUAGCCCAGAGGAAGACUUAGAUUCUCUAGAUGAAAACAGUGACAAAGAGGAUGAUGUUUACACUCCCUCUGGAAAGGAAUUGAUGGCAGAUAUAGAUGAAACAGAAUUUACAAUGUCACUACGUAGGAAACCACCGAAGAGAAAGAUAAAGAAAAGAUCUGUUGCUGUCAAAUCUACAACAAAGGCAGCUAAGAUGACAGAUCAGACAAUGUCAACAGUAACACAACCUUCUGAUGUUCAAGACAUGGAUGUGGAUCAGAGUCAAUAUCGAUAUGCUUGUUAUCAUUGUCAGUUACGAUUCAGUGAUCGACAAGAUCGUGACCAACAUGAAGAAGAAAAUUGCAUUAAUGAACUGAUUAUUUGUGAUGUUUGUAAAGGUUAUUUUGCCAAUACUUCAUCAAGAAACAAACAUUUAUUUGAAAUACAUUCUGUUUUACCGAAUGAACAAAAAGAGGAAAUUCAAGAGAGGAGAGAAGGGGCAAUGGAUGAAUUUAAAACAAUAUCACAAAAUCCAUAUGAAUUUGAAACAUUAAAGGACUGCGAAAGGAAUGAGAACUCUGGGCUUACCAUUGAAAGCGUUGCAUCAAUAAGUCAGCCUCACUUUGAUAUGGAGGCUUCAUCUGUAGAUACUCCCAUGGUUACAGGUUUAGUAACAAAAUUUAUUGUACCAUAUUGUGUUCAAAAUGAAAAGAACUUCAUUAAAUGUCCCUUGUGUAUAAGUGUGUUCUCAGACUCUAAAACAAAAGAUGAACAUCUUCGGUGGAGACAUAAAAUAGCCAAUCAAAUUGACAACGGUGAUGGAACUGUGUCUUUGCAAAUGAUUGAGAAGAAACCUUCAAAAACUCCUCCGGUAUAUGUAACAUUUGAAACAAAUCAAAAUAAUUGAAUACUUAAAGCUUUUGAAGUACUGGUAGUUGAGACUGACUCUACAAAUGACUAUGGAAAAACCUUCCAAAACCCCACCGACAUGAACAAUAAAAUGAAUCAAAUUAUAACAGUUGAAAACUGAAUGAUUAUUAAUUUUGGGUCAUGGUACUGGUAGUAGCUAGCUAUAUUAUGUAUAUGUAUAAUGUACAUAUUAUAUAUAUACACCGGUAAUGUAAUCAUUUCCAUAAAGCAAUGUGAAAAAUCAGCAAGGCUAAAGUGAAAGGCACUGUAAAAUUCCUGCUAUUAGUGGUUGGAUCAAAUUUCCAAUCCGUCUGUAAAACAUGAAUUAUUUUUUCCUUCAGAUAGUUCCCCUAUCAUGCGCCUUCGCUUUCUACUUAUACAUAAGAUAUGUUUUAAUGAUAUAGACCACCUAUUAUGAACAUGUUUUUUUAUGUGUUGACCUUGUUAAAACUUUUGUUGCAAUAUUUCUUUUAUUUUAAUAUUCAUUUUGAAUUCUGAAUUCAAAGGAAAAGCAAACUGUGAAUUAAACAAAUUUGUGAUGUUUUGCUUGCAUUAUCAUGAUUAUUGUAAAAGACAGUUAAUGAUGUGAUGAUAUUUCAUUUACUAUAGCAUUAAUUUAGAACUCUAAUUUUAAAUUCUAAUUACAUAAUUUGAGUUCAGCUUUGCCUUUAAUUGCAUCAAUCAUGUUUAUUAAUUUUUGUCUCGCCUUGGCGGAGUCAAAAAGCGAGACAUAGGUAUGCUGUUUCCGGUGUCGGCGGUAGCGUCAACAAUGUAUUAGUUUGUGAUUAGGUCUAGUUUAUGGUGAACCACUAGUGGUAGGUCAAUGAUAUUUGGUAUGCAGUUGUAUAAGCAUUAGCACAUCUCAUUUCCAUGGAGAUUAUUUGGCCCUGCCCCCUCAGUCAUGGUCUAUUGACUUUAAAACUUUUGCUUAGUUUACAUGUAUUAGUUUGUGAUUAAGUCAGUUUAUGGGGAAUCACUAGUGGUAGGUCAAUGAUAUUUGGUAUGCAGUUGUAUAAGUAUUGGCAUAUCUCAUUUCCAUGAAGAUUAUUUUGCUGCACCCCCUCAGUUAUGGUCUAUUGACUUUGAAACUUUUGCUGCGUUUACAUGUAUUAGUUUGUGAUUAGGUCAGUUCAAGGGGAACCAUUAAUGGUAGGCAAAUGUUAAUUGGUAUGCUGCGUUGUAUAAGUAUUAGCACAUCAAAUUUCCAUGGAGAAUAUUUGGCCCCACCCCCUAAGUCAUGGUCUAUUGACUUUGAAACUUUUGCUUAGUUGACAUGUAUUAGUUUUGAUUAGAUCAGUUUAAGAUGAACAGCUAAUGUUAAGUCAAUGGUAUUUCAUAUGCAAAUUUGUUGGCAUUUGCAAGUCUUGUUAGCAUGGAGAUUAUAUAGCCCCACCCCCUCAUCAUGGUUCAUUGACUUUGAAACUUUCACAUAGUUUACAAGUUAAUGUUUGUGUUUGGGUUUGUUUAAAGGGAACAACUUAUGAUAAGUCAAUGGUAUUUGGUAUGCAUGCAGUUGUAUUAGCAUUGGCACAUUUCAUUUCCAUGGAGAUUGUUUAGCCAUGUACCUUCAGUCAUGGUUCAUUGACUUUGAAUAUUUGCAUAACUUACAUGUUAAAGUAUUGCUAUUUUAAUUUCAAGAUUUGCAUUAUCAAAAUUACAAAAAGGCAAGACAUAUCUCUGUGUUAACAGUUUAUUACAAAUUUUUAGCUCUUUUGCCUAAUAUCCUAAAAACUAUAAUAGAUAGAUAGAAACUUCAGAGGCGUUAAUAUAAAGUCAUAAGUUUUUGUUCUGAUUAGACAGGCUUUUUUUGUUCUUGAGAAAAAAUAUUUAGCAUUUUAAAGCGUACAUCCAUUUUAAAAUAUUUCUGUUAAUAUACAGGUUUCACUGUAUUACAAACUUUUUCGAGUGAAUACAUGAUGUAUGUUAGCACUUGAUUAAGAAAAAAACAGUUUAUGGUUUGGGAAACAAACUAAAGGAGUAGGUUUGAUAAGGCCCUAAAAUGGCCCCUCAUUCUAGCUGAAAGUUGAAAUUAGGAUUUAUUGACCAAUGUCACAAGGAAUCAUAGGUAAUAUGAUGACUUUAUUGGAAAAACGUCUUUUUGUUGAAGAUCUAUUUUUUGGGUUCUAUUCAUGACUUCAGAAACAGCACUCAUUUUGAUUUUCCGUGAAAAUUCGAUGAAAACAGGGAAAUUUACGUUGAUUUUUUGGACAGGAAACAUAUAGCGCAUGCGUUGACAACAAAGAUAUUUAAACCUAAUGUUUGUUAUGACAUUUUACAUAUCUGACUUGAAUAUUUUGUUUGUCGACACAUGCGCUUUAUGCUUCCUAGGUCUUAGUUUGGUUGAAAUCCGGAUGAUUUUGUCCAAUUUCACAAAAAUCUCUAUUUUUAACCUAUUUGGGAUGUCAAAAUCAAUGCUUAAAAAUAAAACUCUGGCAAAAUAGUUCUAUAUUACUUUCUCACAUGUCUUUUCAUCUACUUAAAACACAUUUUAUCCUGAAACAUUGAACUUAAUAUUCGGGGCCAAAUUUGGCCCUUACCGAACUUACUCCUUUGUGUAUGUAAACAAGAGGAUAGACUAAAAUGAAGACACAGGAAUUAACAAAAAGUUUCCAUAAAUUUUAUGACAGGGAUUUAAAUGUAUAUAUAUAUUCAAAAUUCAGCUUAAAAAUAUAGGUCACGAUACUUGAAGUUUGGAAAAAUGUGGGUCCAAAAGUUGUAACAAUUUAAAAUGGAGGAAAAUUAUUUUCUAGGAAUAAAAAAAAUCUUGCUAAUGGAAAUUGAUAACUUUGGUUUUGGCAUUACUUAGAUCAGAUGCUUUCAGGAAAUAAAAUGAACUCUUUUUAGUUUUCUUGCUAUUUCAUCAACAUGACAAAACAUAACUUGGUCAAUUUACAUUAUUAUCUAAGUAAAUUAUCUCCCCCUAAAUUUAUUGAAUUUGUUACAAAGUUAUCUCCCCUGGCAAUUUCACAAUUUUUUUUAAAUAUAUGUACUUCCAGUCUCUGUUGCCUAAUUUUUAACUAUUUUGUUCAAUUCUACAAGUAUGCACAGUAUGGAUAUGAGAUCAGCAUUAGAAAAUAAAAUGAGUUGGGAUUUUUUUUAAAUAUCUGAUCACAAGAAUAAAGAGAAAAUGAUGAUAAAUUUUUGAUGAAAUGUUUGUCUGUAUCAAGUUCAGUAUUUCCCAUAGAACAUGUAAAAUCUUUUUGAAAGAUGGGAAUUUGACAGAAGGGUUGGUGGUAAUUAAAUUUAAAGGAUGGGUAAGCAAAAAUAAGAGUAAUAGGAGAGUUUCACAUUUUAAAUGAUUUGGGCCAAAAUUAAUGCAAUAAGGGUUCCUUUAUGCUUAGUCAUCCAGCAAAGACACUGAUGUAAAUUUUUGUCAUUUUAAAGAUAUAUCAUCAUGCUUAUACUGACUUAUGAAGCAAGAAACAUAUUUUAGAAAAUGACUCCAAAAAUUCAUAGUAUUAUAUAAAUGAAACUUUUCUUUUCAGGACCAGUUCAUGUGACAGGUUUUGAGUAUUUCUUUGUUGAAUUGUACAUUUUCAUUUCCUAUGUUUCAAUUUUUUGGUAAAUAAUUAUAAAGAUAUAAAUAUUACAAUAAUGGUUUAUUUGUUUGUUCUAUAUGUUCAGAUUAUACUUUUUUUAUUGUUGUAAAUACAUGUUAACUCAUGUUUGUUAAACAAGUGUUCCUAAUGUUCAUAAUAAAAGUUAAUAUUAAUUGUUA